AUGGAUGUUUAUGAUGUUAGUGAUGAUUUGGUAAAAAAGCUAAAUGACUGGAAGCUGAUUGGCAUUAUAUCGGGCAAAUUUAAUGAGCUGAAAGAGAAUCAUUCAAAGGUCAACUUUGUACUACAUGCCUUAAAAGAUUUCAAAUAUAUUGAAAAAAUAAGGCUAAAUGUUAAACUACGCGAAGAGAAAUCGAAUAAACGCAGCUCCGAAUAUCGUAUGCUGGGUAAUGAGCAAUUCUCAUUGAAAAAUAAAAAAUAUUUCCAGGCCUUGGAGCUUUACAACAAAAGUAUUUGUUAUUCCGAACCAGGUUCUGAAAACAUAGCCAUUGGUUAUGCCAAUCGUUCCGCCGUACUAUUCGAAUGGAAACGUUAUAAAGAAUGUUUGCAAAAUAUUGAACUGGCACGCAAAGCUAAUUAUCCAGCCCGACUAAUGCAUAAACUGGAUAAACGUGAAAAAGAUUGCCUGAAACUAUUGGAAACACAACCACCCGAUGUUCAGCCAUAUGAUUUCAAAAUGGAAUUCGAGCCACACCCACAAGUGCCCAAUAUUGCCAGCUGUUUGGAAUUGAGAGAAUCUGCCGAUCAGGGACGUUAUGUUUGUACGAAUCGUAAGUUGGUCGUGGGAGAUUUAAUUGCCACUGAAGAACCGUUCUGUUCGACACUGCUGCCGCCCAUGCGUUACAUACGCUGUGCCACUUGCAAAGUGGAAAACUAUCUCACUCUAAUACCCUGUGAAAGCUGUUGCUCCGCCAUGUUCUGUUCUGAAGAGUGUCGGGAAAAGGCCGUCAACACUUUUCACAAAUACGAAUGUCCUGUUAUUGAUUUGCUCCACACCAUGUUCAAUAAGAUUCAUGGCAUUGCCCUGCGUGUAUGUUUGUCCGCCUUGGAGCUGUUUCCCACCAUUGAAGAACUGAUGGCCUUCUGUGAGGACCCGGACAAUCAAAAUCGUUCUGCCUUCGAUUUGGAUUACAACAACUUCACCGCCAAGGAACACUACAGGGCCAUUCAUGGCCUUGUUACCAAUCAACAUUUACGUUCGGUAUCGGAUCUAUUUCAACGUUCUGUUGUGUGUGCAGUGCUUAAACAUUUUAUGAUCAAUUUCACACCUCUUAAAGAAUAUUUGGGUGGUGAGGAGGGUGAGAACUUCUUUACCGAACUACUGUUUAGGCAUUUGCAGACAUCGCCCUCGAAUAUGCAUGGCAUUGAUUUGGUGGAACAGUUGAAUGAGACCAAGGACGAUACAACACAUUCGUCGGGUGCAUUUGCUUUCCUGUCGUUGUUGAAUCAUUCUUGUGCUCCGAAUAUUGUACGUAUUUAUAAGGGCUGUAAGGCAUAUGUUUUUGUCUUUCGUCCCAUACAAGCUGGUGAGGUGCUUUAUGAUAAUUAUGGAGCCCACUUUGCAAUUUUAGACAAAAAGAAACGUAUCGAAACCCUCUCCAUACAAUACCGUUUCACCUGUAAAUGUGAGGCCUGUGAAAAGGAUUAUCCCACAUUUGUGCAACUGCCACGCAACAUGUAUGUGCCGUAUGCCAUCGAUACGACCCACACGGAAAAGCUAAUAACCUAUGAUUAUAAUUUCGCGUUGAAAAACUAUCGCAAAUACUGUGAAUUUCUGACAAGAUAUGGUCACAACUAUCCCUGCUAUCAAGUUAACUCGGCCGAGGAAUAUCUUAAAAUGGCUCUGCACAUUUUAGUCGAUGCUGUGCCAUUAAAGGCAAAAAUGAAUCAAAGUGCCAAUUUUGAGGUUGCAUCCGAAGCCAGGUAUCGAGCUAUAAAAGAAGAUUUGGAGAGGACACCAAAUACCUUCAAAGUUAGUGACGAACUUUUAAAACAUUACAAUUGCUGA